AUUUCGAAAGUGUUUUAUCAAUAGCUCCAGCUGAGGGCAACAGUCCUGUUAGGCUGCUGACAGAUAAGGGCAAUGAAGCAAAAUGUUUCCCAACUCUUUUCCCACGGGUACAUUCCAUGAUGCACGGCCCCACAGGCUCACUCUCAGUAGAUACAUCAACACACGAAUCCUAAAUGCUGAUGGGAGGUUUAGCAGCAACUUGGACUACAUUUUCUAUGCUCAAUAUUUAUCUGAGGUCAAUCAGGUUGUUUCCAAGGUGUCCAUAGCAUUGAGAAAAGGUUACCAUGCAGGGGAAUCAUUGGCUAUAACUUCCGCCAUGCUUUCAAACAAAGACUAUGUACAAAAUGUCUUAAAAACCGAUCUCGGUUACAAGUUCCUUCAACCGAUCCGAGGGACUCCAGUUUUUUGGCAAGGUGUACAGAAAAAUCUAUUUGCUAUGGUUCGUCAGCUUGGUGUCCCUACUUGGUUCUGUUCAUUUUCAUGUGCUGAUUUACGCUGGACUGAACUCAUCGAUGUUUUCAUGAGACUACAGAAAAUACAGGGAAAUGUCAACGACCUGGACUGGUCACAGAGGUGCAAUUUACUCAAAACUAAUCCGGUUACCGCGGCAAGAAUGUUCCAACACAGGUUUCAGACUUUCCUAAAUGACGUCAUCAAGUCACCAGCUAACCCCAUUGGUAAAGUUAUCGAGACAUUUUUUAGAGUUGAAUUCCAACAACGCGGCUCACCCCAUACUCAUUGUCUGUUCUGGGUAGAAAAUGCACCGAAAAUAGGCAAAAACACAGACCAAGAAGUCACACAAUUUAUCGAUAAAUACAUCAGUUGUGAACUCCCGCCGGCAACCGACGCAUUGCAUGAAGUUGUUUCCAGCGUUCAAAAACACAGCUCUAAGCACUCAAAGAGUUGUAGGAAAAAAGGCACAACAUGCAGAUUUAACUUUCCACGUCCUCCAAGCAACCACACCUUUCUUUGUAGAAGUAAAACAGACGAGAACCAGGAGGUAACAGACGCUGAUCCGAUAGACACUUUGAGUCUGUCAAGUCCAGACCUAACCUUCGACACUGUGGAUCAGCUAUUUGCUUCCGUUAACAUCACCCAGGAAAUGUUUGAAAAUGCCUACCGAUUGACAACCAAUAAAAACGCGGUUGUACACAAACGCAACCCAUCAGAUGUUUACGUUAAUCAAUACAACAAAGACCUUUUGCGUUGCUGGGAUGCCAACAUGGACAUACAAUAUGUCUGCGAUGCUUUUGCUUGUGUAGUAUACAUAAUAUCCUACAUCUCAAAAGCAGAACAAGACAUGGGCUUAUUGUUACAACAUACUCAAAAUGAAAUGAAAAAACAUGGAAAUUUAGAUGCAAAACAAACACCCAAUAAGUUGGGAAGUGUCUUUCUCCACAAUCGCGAGGUCUCAGCUCAAGAAAGUGUUUAUCGAGUUACAAACAUGCAUCUCAACGAAUGCUCAAGACUGGUCACAUUUAUCCCUACUGGUGAAAAUACCGUCAGAAUGAGUUAUCCUCUCAGUGUCAUCCAAAGCAAAGCAGAACAGGGUGACACAUCAACAGACUCGAUAUGGAUGACGAGCAUAACGGACCGCUACAAAAACCGCCCCCAGGGCGCAAUUUUCCAUGAUAUUUGUGUAGCCGCAUUUGCUUCAAAAUACAGAGUUCUGUACGGGAAAGAGCAGCACAGCAAGGGCUAUGUUAAACUGGAAAAUAACACUGGCUUUGUUAAGAUGAGAACUAGGGGAUCUUAUGCUGUUGCUAGAUACGCUCGUUUCUCACAAACCAAAUAUCCAGAAAAACACUACCAAAGUUUGAUACAAUUGUUUUUGCCUCAUUAUUCAACAGAUGAGUUAAAACCUCCACCGUACAACAGUUAUGAGCAGUUUUACAGGACCGGUUCCAUCACUAACAGCAGCAAUACAACGCAAAGUGUUAAGGAAGUUGUAGAUUUCAACAGAUCCCUGUUGAAAUGAAGUAGAUGCAGAUGAGCUCGACAGAUGCCAAGAGGUUGCAGGGCACCACGGGUCUCACGACGAGGCAUGGGCAGACCUUUGCCCU